AUGUCGGAACGUAAGGUGCUUACCAAAUACUACCCUCCGGACUUUGACCCGUCCAAGAUGGUCAGGCAGAGGGGGCCGAAGAAGACGGGCCCCCUCUUGCAAACCGUCCGCCUUAUGGCCCCUUACAGUAUGAAGUGUACCGCAUGUGGCGAGUUCAUCUACAAGGGCAGAAAGUUCAACGCGCGCAAAGAGACCACCGACGAGAAAUACUACGCCAUCACGAUUUACCGCUUCUACAUCAAGUGCACCAGAUGUUCUCAGGAAAUCACAUUCAAGACUGAUCCCAAGAAUAUGGACUACGAAGCUGAAAAGGGCGCCAAACGUAACUUCGAACCUUGGAGGGAAGCUAAGCUUGCAGAGGAGACCGAGGAAGAAAGACUGGACAGACUGGAGCGCGAAGAGGCCGAGCGCGACGCCAUGAAAGAACUGGAAACCAAGACUCUGGACGCCAAGACCGAAAUGCAAAUCGCCGAUGCUCUGGACGAGAUCCGUACCCGCAACGCCAGGAACGAACGCACAGCCAAGGAAGGAGCAGAGGUGACUGUGGUGGACAAGGUCGAUGACGAAAGAGAAAGACAGGAGGCAGAAGAUGCAGAAGCAGCAAGACUGGCAUUCUUGGCAGGCACAGGAGAGAAGGUGCGAAGACUGGUGGAAGAUCCUGAAGAAGAGGAAGGGACUGGUACCGCUUCUGCAUCUACUACUGCUACAAGUACAAGCAUACCCAUGGGACCGCCACCCGUGCCAACCUUCGCCCGCAAACCAAAGAAGAAGACAGACUUUGGCGCAAGACUCGGCAUCAAGAAGAAAUCACUCGUCUGA